AUGGGGAAGAAGAGAAUCGUGCUCUUUGCUUCUUUGCUCUUUUUUACCAUGAAUUCAAGUUUUAGCUUUGCAGGGAUAACGACAGAGAGUCCUUUGUCAACAGGACAAACUCUCAGCUCCUCUAAUGGAUUUUAUGAAUUGGGUUUCUUCAGUCCUAACAACUCCCUAAACCAAUACGUCGGAAUCUGGUACAAGGGUAUCAUUCCCCGGGUGGUUGUGUGGGUGGCCAAUAGAGAAAAGCCUGUUACAGACUCCACAGCAAAUCUAACUACCAACAGCAAUGGAAGUCUUCUCUUAUUCAAUGGCAAGCAUGGGGUUGUCUGGUCCACCGCAGAAGCUUCGGCAUCUAACGGGUCUCGUGCAGAGCUUUCAGACACCGGGAAUCUUAUUGUCAUAGACAAUGUCUCAAGGAGAACUCUAUGGGAAAGCUUUGCGCAUCUUAGUGUUACUUCUUGGAAAAGUUCCACUGAUCCAUCCCCUGGUGAGUUUACAUUUGAGAUUACACCGCAAGUGCCAUCGCAGGUGUAUACUAUGAGAGGCUCGAGGCCUUAUUGGAGAAGUGGUCCAUGGGCUAAAACAAGGUUCGCCGGGAUACCAGUUAUGGAUGUGACAUAUGCAAGCCCAUUCGGCCUUCAGCAGGAUGCAAACGGGUCAGUAUCCUUCACUUAUCUCGAAACAAGACUUCGUUCACGUGUAAUGCUAACAUCAGAGGGCUCGUUGAGGAUUUAUUGGCAUAGUGGGAGUGACUGGAUAUUAAAAUAUGAUACUCUACUCAAUUCAUCCGAUAUUUAUGGUGUAUGUGGACCUUUUGGGUUGAGUGUACCUCCAAAGUGUAAAUGCUUAAAAGGGUUUGUGCCAAAAUACAUUGAGGAGUGGAAAAGAGGAAACUGGACUGUUGGUUGUGUGAGACGUACCGAGCUACUUUGUCAAGGGAACUCUACUGGCAAAGAUGUAGACGUCUUUCAUAUUGUUGCUAACGUAAAGCCUCCAGAUUUUUACGAGCUUGCAAGUUCAGAAAAUCCCAUCCUGGUCGCUGAAGAUUGUCGCCAAAUUUGCCUCCACAACUGUUCUUGCUUGGCCUUUGCUUAUAUUAAUGGAAUAGGGUGCUUAGUAUGGAGCCAGGACCUGAUAGACGUAGUGCAAUUCUCUGCUGGAGGAGAGCUUCUUUCCAUUCGUCUUGCACGCUCUGAACUAGGUGGAAAUAAUAGCAGGAGUACCGUUGCUGCUAGUGUUUUAAGCCUUUCUCUUUUUUAUUCAAACAAAAGGAUUGAACUUGACUGGCCCAAGAGAUUUGAUAUCAUCCAAGGUAUUGCGCGUGGACUUCUCUAUCUCCACCGUGACUCACUCCUCAGAGUCAUUCACCGAGAUCUGAAGGUUAGCAAUAUUCUUCUGGAUGAGAAGAUGAACCCAAAAAUAUCAGAUUUUGGAUUGGCUCGGAUGUAUCAGGGAACCGAGUAUCAGGACAACACUCGCAGGGUUGCAGGAACUCUGUAA